AUGUUUAAUGGCCACACACCCUACCAGCAAGCAAACAUUCCGCAUCAUUUAGCAGGUAAUCAGCUCCAUAGAAUCUAUGGUCAGGAUCCCUCCGCGAACCAUCAGCAACCAUAUCAUUCCUCGCAGUCGUCGUAUGGCCACCAAUAUCAUCAUCACCAAUCAUUACAGCAACAGGGUAGCCAUCACUGCCACCAACGAUUUCAACAUUCUCAAUCUUUGCAACAAUACCCAUUUAGCCAUAAUAGCUACCAGAAUGGGAGCGCGAGUAGCAGCGCACAUUUGCACUCUGGAGCAUCCUCCUCUCAGCCAUUUCAGUUUGAGCAAAAGCAUUUUAAUUUCAAGACACAGGAGCUCAUCGCUGUCAAGCCAAGGCCGUUCCAGCUAUCCGAUUUCACCAUAAAUCGGACAAUCGGUACUGGAUCCUGUGGAAGGGUGCAUCUAGUCCAAUCUGUGUUCAACUCUCGUUUCUACGCGCUCAAGGUGCUCAAGAAGUGUCAAAUCGUGAAGUCGAACCAAGUGGAACACGUCAACGAAGAGAAGCGAAUAUUGGAGCGGAUCCGGCACCCAUUCUUGGUAAAGACAUGGGGGACGUUCCAAGAUCAUGCCAAUCUGUACAUUGUGAUGGACUAUGUAGUUGGAGGAGAGCUGUUCAGUGUCUUGAGACGCAUGCAGCGCUUCUCGGACUCUGUAAGCAAAUUCUAUGCCUGUCAAGUUCUGCUGGCUCUGGAAUAUCUCCAUGGGAACAACAUUAUAUAUCGCGAUCUCAAACCGGAAAACAUCCUCAUUGACGCGCAAGGCAACAUCAAGAUCACCGACUUUGGAUUUGCCAAACACUUGGCCGAUAAUGAGACCGCAUGGACCUUUUGUGGAACGCCCGAUUAUCUUGCGCCGGAGGUAAUCAAGUCCAAGGGCUACGGCAAGGCUGCGGACUGGUGGUCAUUUGGAAUUUUUAUUUUUGAGAUGCUAGCGGGCUAUCCGCCCUUCUAUGAUGACGACCUGUUUAAGAUGUGUAAGAAGAUUGUCGAUGGUGAGAUGCGGUACCCGAAAUACUUUGAUAGUUUGGCCAAGGACCUGCUGAAGCGACUGUUGGUGUCGGAUCUGACUAAGCGAUAUGGCAAUCUGAGAGACGGCUGUCACGAUAUUCGAAACCAUGCUUGGUUUGCGGGCGUGAACUGGACUAUGGUCCUUAGAAGAGAGAUUGCAGCGCCGUUUGUGCCUGAUGUCAAGUGGGACGGCGAUGCCAGCUGUAAGUGUAUACAUUCGCAUGCACCUCUUCUUGUGUUUUAA